UGCUCUAAACCACCCUCCUUGCAGCAACCCCAGAAAAAAACUGCAUGACAUUUAGAAAAUCUUACUUUUUAAAAUAUGUUAGGGGGAAAAGUUUUGUGCAAUCAUAAUGCUGACAGCAAAACGAAACCCUCAAAAAUGGACAAAACAUCUUUCGUCCUACACAAAGUCAGUGUCAUUAUGAAAGUGUUCUGCUGGAGCUUUAACCACAAAAAAACUCAAGUGAGAACACUUUAGGUUUCUGUUUUGGAUUUCAGCACAGGGUGGGUUUUUUCUUUUUUUUUGUAUGUUUUCACAAGUUGUUACAUCCUCUGGCUACGAAGAGUUUCAUGUUUCUGACAUAUUUUCCACAUGAGACACCUUUAUUAAUUAAGUUUGCAGUUUCUCAGAAAAGAAAACCUGCUCCAGCAUUCACUGUCAUCUUGUGAUAAAUGCAGUAAAGUUACAUGCACUUAAAAAAAUGUUCUCUGCCCCCCUGCCGUUUGCAAAUUCAUCUGUGGAUCACAGCAGAGCUUCUCUGCUCACUUCUGCAGAUAGACACAGAAAUCUGGUGCCUUUCACAAGAAACCUACACUUGAUUAAAAUGAGUAGAGCUGAGGAAGAGGAGGAGGAAGGAAAGGGAAGUGAAACUGAUAAAGCUGAUUCUGGGAGGCGAGUGGUUAGAGCGUGAUCCCUCUCUGAGGAAGACUCUUUUCUUCUUCAUGUUACAUCACACGUCGGUUGUGUUCACUCUGCUGCUGAGCUGCGCUGAAGAGAUGCUCCUCCAGGUUUUCCUCCUCACAAUCAUCAUCGGUGCAUGUGCAGGUGCAUGCCCCCUGACUCCAGGGAUCGUCUAUGUGAGGGAAGGAGAAAUCGUGGCGCUGAAGUGUGAUGGGUCCAGUGACGUUGCCUCAGUGACCCUCUGGAAAAAAGAUUUUCAUCGGGAGACAUACGCUCAGAGCAACAUGUCGGCGGCUCAGCAAAGGCAGAUGGGUAUUCUGGUGCACGAGAGCUGGCUUGUCAUUUUAAACACAUCGAUGAGUCAUCAGGGAAAUUACACCUGUCAGUCUAGCAGAAACCACAGCAGCCAGUCUUUGUUCACAAUGAUGGUCUACAACGUGUCUGAAGACAAAUACGAUUACCCGGAAACUUGCUACAAAGACCAUUCCCUCACUCUGUCUUGCCCUGAAGUUAACAUCCCAUCAGAAGACAUCGUCAACAUUACAAUCACAGAUGUCACAUGGUACAAGGAUGGUCUCCCUUCGAACCCUUACUUCCAGAAAGUUGAAGAAGAGGAUGCUGGUGUCUACACCUGUAACAGAACAUACUUGUAUUCUGGUCAAACAUACUUCAAAACAUUUGUGGUUCCACUUACUGUUCAAGAAGACACACCUCCAAUUUAUGCAACAAUCACCUCUCCGAGAGAUAAUCAAGUGUUUCCUGUAGAGCUUGGCACAACAGUGGUGAUCGAUUGUGUGGCUGAUAGCGACUCAUUUGAGGACCUGCUGUUCUGGAUGAGAGGAAUAUCAUUUGUGGAAGACAACAGCUCCUUUCCAGUUUUCUACAAUGAAACACGCGAUGAAAAACAGAUCAAAGCAUCUCUGGUUUUCAGAGAUCUGUCAGUGGAGGACCUGUCCGAAAAUUACAGCUGCAAACUCGAAACUGACAACCAGCCCCCAAUAGAAGUCACCAUCUUCCUGACCCAAAAAGCUCACAUUUCCUGCUUGAACCUGACUCUGUGCAUCAUCAGUAUUGUUGUUGCAGUGACUGCAACAAUCGCUGUGUAUUUACAGUUUGAAAUAGAGAUCAAGCUUUUCCUCAGAGACACCCUCAGCUGCUUUAGCACCUCUUCAGAUGAAAAAAUCUAUGAUGCCUUUUUGAUGUGCUAUAAGUGUGACACUGAUGAAGGCCUGCGUGAAGUCGACAGGAAGUUGCUGGAGAACACUUUGGAAGAGAAAUUUGGUUACAGUCUUUGUCUUUAUGAAAGAGACGUCCUACCAGGAGAAGCUGCAGCUGAGGCUGUGCUAGCCUGCAUAGAGCAGAGCAGGACUGUGAUUUUGGUUCCCACCUCUCAGUAUCCCGGACCAGAAUCCAGCCUGCUGAGUGCCAUCCAUGCAGCCCUCGUGGAGAAGCAGACCCGCUUGAUUUUCAUCAAUACCAAGCACACAGAAACACAGAAAAGCGGCUCGUUUCCAGAGGCUUUGCAGCUUCUCUGCGAGCUUGCGGAGUCCGUCACCUGGAAGGGCCGACCUCCCUCCUCCUCCUUCUGGAAGAAGCUGCGCUACCACUUACCUGCCCCAGAAAAAGCUAAACCACUUAGGCUGUAUUUGAAAAAAUACCAAUAUCGUAGCUUAUGCUAAAUUCAUUCAUUUGUUUGUCACUGAGAGUAAAGUUGCUUUAGUUUCUCGAGCAUUUGAUGCCUGAAGCUAAUUCCAGUUAGGAAAAACCCUCACUUCUGUUUUUGCUUCAUGUUGAUGCUAAAAUAGGAUAAUUUUGGAGCUGAAGUGGUUUGAUACUUAUUUACAUCAACAAGGGUUAAUGUAAGUUGUAUUUGUAUAAAAACCUUGAAAUACAGAAUAAUCAUUAAGAAGUCUCAACUGUUUUGUAAAAUAUGUUUUAUCAUUUUUUGGAGAUUUAUUAUUCCUCUUGUCAACUGUUGUCAAGCAUAAAAAGUGAAACACUUCAUUUUAGCAUCAUCUGUA